AUGACCGUCUUCGUUUGCUCUCUGUUCCUCCCCAAGACGGUGCAGUUUCAACUGCCCGGCACCCCUCCUCGCCGCUCGACCUUUACCCGCCGCCGCUCCUCCGCUGUCGAUGCCCCCAAGCCACUUGUCCAGGCGCCGCCCGCCCAGCCCAGCCUCUUCGCGCCGCCUCGGCAGGAUAUAACGCCGCCCCAGACGCCCACUGACGAGUCUCGGUCGCCUAACCUUUUCGCCAACGAGGAUGGCCUCCGCAUCCAGUACCCCCACGAGAUGGAGUCCCCCAUCAACCAGCUCUCCCAGUCCUGGGGCCACCGCUCCGACCAGCCCAAGUCCCGCGCCAACUCCCCGCCCGCACCGCACGCCUUUGAGACCGGCCGCACCCUGCAAAAGGCCCGCGAGCUCGGUCGCCGCGGCGUCGUCCAGCCCAAGCCCAACAUCCGCAGCGACAGCCACGACCGCGUCUUCGCCUCGGCCCCAUGGAAGAUCGUCAACGCCGACCAGGGCAACGGCGGCCUCCGCAAUGCCGUCGACGCCGCCGCCCGCGACGGCCGCCUCGGCGAGCACAUGUGGAUUGGCACCCUCGGCAUGCCCACUGACGCCCUCGACGACACUGAACAGAAGCAGAAUAUCGAGGACACCCUCGCCACCGAGCACGACAUGCUUACCGUCUUCUGCUCCGACAAGGACUUUGACGGCCAUUACAGCCACUUUUGCAAGCAGAUUCUCUGGCCCGUCUUCCACUACCAGAUCCCCGACAACCCCAAGAGUAAAGCCUACGAGGACCACUCCUGGCAGUUUUACGUCAACGUCAACCAGGCUUUCGCCGACAAGAUUGUCGCCAACUGGAAGCGCGGCGAUGUCGUCUGGGUCCACGACUACCACCUGCUCCUCGUCCCCAACAUGGUCCGCCAGAAGCUGCCCGAGGCAAAGAUUGGCUUCUUCCUCCACGUCCCCUUCCCCUCCUCCGAGGUCUUCCGAUGCCUUGCAGUCCGCAAGCAGCUGCUCGAGGGUAUGCUCGGCGCCAACCUCGUUGGCUUCCAGAUUCGCGAGUAUACCCGUCACUUCCUCCAGACUUGCAGCAGGAUCCUGAGCGUCGAGGCCACGCCUGAGGGCUUGCAGCUCGAAGACCGCUUCGUCGACGUCGUGAAUCUCGCCAUUGGCAUCGAUCCUGUCAGCCUGGCCCUUCACCGCGAGAAACCCGAGGUGAUGCGCUGGCUUGACAUCCUGCAGGAGCGGUACAAGGGCAAGAAGCUCAUUGUCGCCAGGGACAAGUUGGACCAUGUCCGCGGCGUUCGACAGAAGCUGCUCUCGUACGAGCUAUUCCUUAAUAAGUACCCCGAGUGGCGAGAGCACACUGUUCUGAUCCAGGUCGCCCUCUCUUCCAGCGAGAAGAGCGAUUUGGAUGCCACUGUCUCGGACAUUGUGACGCGCGUCAACUCUUCCUGGGCCAACCUAGCGUACCAGCCGGUCGUCUAUCUCAAGCAAGACAUUGACUACGCCCAGUACCUCGCUCUCCUUACGGUUGCCGACGCUCUCAUGAUUACCAGCCAGCGCGAAGGCAUGAACCUGACGUCGCACGAAUACCUGUUCUGCCAGGAUGGCAAGAUCUACCCGGAAAAGAAGUAUGGAUCUCUGAUCCUGUCCGAAUUCACCGGCACCUCGUCGCUCUUCAACGGUAACGAGCUUCGCGUCAACCCCUGGGACUACCGCCAAUGCGCCGACGCUAUUAAGCAAGGCCUUGAGAUGGAUGAAGACGAGAAGAAGACGAGGUGGGAAAACUUGUAUGAGGCUGUGUCUCUGCACACCGGCGCUCACUGGUUCAGCGAGUUUUUGUCUCGUCUGGACCGCGCAUACGAGACCCAGCACAAGCGAGACCAGACUUCGGUCCCCCGUCUGUCGUUCCCUGUCGUCACGGACAAGUAUAACUUGUCAAAGCGUCGUUUGUUUAUCUUGGAUUACGAAGGCACCCUCGUGAACUGGGGCCCGGUCAAUCAAAUCAUCCCCGUUAGCCCGCAGAGAACACUGGAUGUUCUUAACGAGCUGUUACUGGACGAGCGCAACAGGGUAUACGUCAUGUCGGGACGCUUACCUGAGGAACUGGAUCGGGUGUUCCAACGCGUGCCGAACCUGGGCCUGAUUGCUGAAAACGGAUGCUUCCUGCGCGAGCACGGGUCGACGGAGUGGGAGGAAAUGGCUGACACGUCUCAGAUUAAGAAUUGGAAACGUUCAGUCAAGAACAUUCUCACGUACUACCUUGAGCGGACGCCCGGCGCGGAGCUCGAGGAGCGCCGGUGCAGCCUCAUUUUCCACUUUGGCAACGCCGAGGACUUUGAGUCAGCCUCGCGCCUGGCGGCCGACUGCACAAGCCACGUCAACGAUGCAUGCGAGUCGCAACGGGUGCACGCGGUCCUGCUGGACAGCUGCAUCAUCGUGGAGCCGGCGGACUGGACCAAGAGCACGGCGGCGCAGCAGGUGUUUGACCGCCUCAAGAGCUACCUGGCGCCGGAUGGAGGGGACAAGGAUUCUGUGGACUUUAUGAUGGUGAUUGGCGACGGUCGCGAAGAUGAAAAGGUGUUUAAGUGGGCGAACCUGCUGGGCGACGUCGGCGCAGUGCGUGAGGUGGUGACUGUGAGCCUCGGCAGCCGCAGCACCGAGGCCAGCGCCACGUUAACGCAGGGUGUCAGUGGCGUUCUUACGUUCCUUCAGCGUCUGGCUGGCACCGGGCUUGGACAAACAGCAGCAUGA